CCCGUCGCUCCCCGACGUGGUGACGUCAGGGAGGCCCCGCCCCUUGCCGUACGCUCGCUGUUGGCCCCAUACAGACGCAGGGAGCCAAGAUGGCGCCGGCCGUGCCAGCGCUGACGCCGGAGCAGAAGAAGGAGCUGGCGGAGAUCGCGCAGAAGAUUGUGGCUCCCGGGAAGGGAAUAUUGGCGGCGGAUGAGUCUACCGGCAGCAUCGCCAAGCGCCUGAGCUCGGUGGGAGCCGAGAACACGGAGGAGAACCGGCGCUGGUACCGGCAGCUGCUGUUCACUGCUGACAGCCGCGUGGAUCCCUGCAUCGGGGGGGUCAUCCUGUUCCAUGAGACCCUGUACCAGAAGAGUGAUGAUGGGCGUCCCUUCCCGCAGGUCAUCCGGGCCAAGGGGGCCCUCGUGGGCAUCAAGGUGGACAAGGGCGUCGUGCCCCUGGCUGGCACCAAUGGCGAGACCACGACCCAAGGCCUGGACGGGCUCAUGGAGCGCUGUGCCCAGUACAAGAAGGACGGAGCUGACUUUGCCAAGUGGCGCUGCGUGCUCAAGAUCUCGGAGCACACCCCGACCCCAUUGGCCAUCAUGGAGAACGCCAACGUCCUGGCACGGUACGCCAGCAUCUGCCAGCAGAACGGCAUCGUCCCCAUUGUGGAGCCCGAGAUCCUUCCGGAUGGGGACCACGACCUCAAGCAGUGCCAAUACGUGACCGAGAAGGUACUGGCUGCCGUGUACAAGGCUCUGAGCGACCACCACGUGUACCUGGAGGGGACCCUGCUCAAGCCCAACAUGGUGACCGCAGGUCAUGCCUGCCCCAAGAAGUACACCCCCGAGGAGAUCGCCAUGGCAACCGUCACCGCGCUGCGCCGCACCGUGCCCCCCGCCGUGCCCGGGAUCACGUUCCUGUCCGGGGGCCAGAGCGAGGAGGAGGCCUCAGUGAACCUCAAUGCCAUCAACCGCUGCUCCCUGCCCCGGCCCUGGGCUCUCACCUUCAGCUAUGGCUGUCCCCUAUACCCCUAUAUCCCAUAUACCCUAUAUCCAUGUAUGUUAUCCAUAGGGAUCACGUUCCUGUCCGGGGGCCAGAGCGAGGAGGAGGCCUCAGUGAACCUCAAUGCCAUCAACCGCUGCUCCCUGCCCCGGCCCUGGGCUCUCACCUUCAGCUAUGGCCGAGCGCUCCAGGCCUCGGCCCUCAAGGCCUGGGGGGGCAAGAAGGACAACACCAAAGCGGCGCAGGAGGAGUAUGUCAAGAGGGCCCUGGCUAACUCCCAGGCCUGCCGUGGUCUCUACACCCCCUCGGGCGCUGCCGGCGCCGCCGCCAGCGAGUCCCUCUUCAUCUCCAACCACGCCUACUGAUGACGUCAGCGCGUCGGGACACGCCCACCGCGCGUAGACACGCCCCCAACCCCGCCCUUAACCCCGCCCCCUUCCGGCCUGCAGCCAAUGGGGCGAGAGAAUAAAGUGGAUGUGGAUGGAGUGGGA